AUGAAGCUCUCAAUCCUUGCCGCCGCGCUCCCCCUCAUGGCCGCCAAUGUCUUAGCAGGUCCAAUAGGCUAUGCAAUUUGCCAGGCUGGAUGUGCAAGUGUAGUAAUGGCCUGCUACGCAGCCGGAGGCGCUACAUGGGGUGCUACCCUGGGCGCAUCAGCCCCUCCUACGAUUGUAGCGUGCAAUACGGCAUACGGAACAUGCCAAGCUGCCUGUGCUGCUGUACUUCUCGGGCCGACUCCUUGA